CCUAUUAAAUGACGUCACAGCAUCAUGUCGACUGGCGAUGUGCGCCAUCUUGACCAGGAAUAAAAAUCACGGGACUAUUUCUGCUUGCUCCGGUUCUCGCGUCGAACCCAAUCUUCCUACGACUGACCAGCGCUGCGCUUCAGCUGCAGUAUAACGCGCUAGGACUCUGAGUGAGCGAGAGCUCGACGCCAGAUUGUCCGUAGAAACGAAGCAAUGGCAGGGGUCGGCGGAGGGAACGACUUCCAGUGGUGUUUCUCGCAGGUGAAAGGAGCUGUCGAUGAAGACGUGGCUGAAGCGGACAUUAUCUCAACAGUUGAAUUUAACUACUCGGGGGAAUUGCUAGCUACAGGAGAUAAAGGAGGAAGAGUUGUCAUAUUUCAGCGGGAACAAGAGAGUAAAAACCGCCCUCUCUCAAGAGGAGAGUACAACGUGUACAGCACUUUCCAGAGUCAUGAACCUGAAUUUGAUUAUUUGAAAAGCUUAGAAAUUGAGGAGAAAAUCAAUAAAAUUAGAUGGCUACCACAACAGAAUGCUGCUCACUUCCUGCUCUCCACGAACGAUAAAACCAUCAAGCUGUGGAAGAUCAGCGAAAGGGACAAACGAGCAGAAGGCUACAAUCUGAAAGAUGAAGACGGGCGUCUCAGAGAGCCGUUCAGAAUCACAGCACUAAGGGUACCCGUGUUGAUGCCGAUGGACCUAAUGGUGGAGGCGAGCCCACGCAGAAUAUUUGCAAACGCACACACGUAUCACAUCAACUCCAUUUCAGUAAAUAGUGAUCAUGAAACAUACCUUUCUGCAGAUGACCUAAGAAUAAACCUAUGGCACUUAGAAAUCACAGAUAGAAGUUUUAAUAUUGUAGAUAUAAAGCCUGCCAACAUGGAGGAGCUGACGGAGGUGAUCACGGCUGCCGAGUGCCACCCUCACCAGUGCAACGUGUUCGUCUACAGCAGCAGCAAGGGCACCAUUCGCCUUUGUGACAUGCGGGCAGCAGCUCUUUGCGAUAGACAUUGCAAAUUUUUUGAAGAACCUGAAGAUCCAAGCAGCCGGUCGUUCUUCUCAGAAAUCAUCUCCUCUAUAUCUGACGUCAAGUUCAGCCACAGCGGUCGAUACAUGAUGACCCGGGACUAUCUCUCUGUGAAGGUGUGGGACCUAAACAUGGAGAACCGGCCAGUAGAGACCUACCAGGUACAUGAAUACCUACGUAGCAAGCUGUGCUCAUUGUACGAGAACGACUGCAUUUUUGACAAGUUCGAGUGCUGCUGGAACGGAUCAGACAGUGCCAUCAUGACGGGCUCGUACAACAACUUCUUCAGAAUGUUCGAUAGAAACACGCGGCGUGACAUCACACUGGAGGCGUCGCGUGAGAACAGCAAACCGCGGGCCAUACUCAAACCACGCCGAGUGUGCACCGGUGGCAAGAGGAAGAAGGACGAGAUCAGCGUGGACAGCCUGGACUUCAACAAGAAGAUCCUGCACACAGCUUGGCAUCCUAAAGAGAAUGUCAUAGCCGUGGCCGCCACCAACAAUCUGUAUAUAUUUCAGGACAAAAUAAACUAAUGAAUAUGGGGGAAGGGAAAUGAGAGCGUGAGCGAGAAUUGAAUUGAAAUAAAUAUCCCUACCGUAUUUCUCCCCGGCACAGGACGGAGGACGCGCAAAAAAAUAAAAUAAAAAAAAAAAAAAAAUCUUGUACUUUCCAUAGUCUAGUACUUAAAGUCAUUAAGAGAAGCUACAGCCUUGUUGCUCCUCCCAGCGCAAGUUUGACCCACUCGUCCAAUUUACACAGGGAAACUUUAGGAACGCCCUCCCAAACCCUACCUUCCUUAAAACCAGGAGGAGGCCAACACUCGUCUUCAAAACCGCCGAGCAGAAACAACACAACACAGAGGCCAAAAUCGACUUUUCAGCCGUCACAAGCGUGUGAAUUUUUCUUUUUUCUUCUAGUCUGAGCCUUCAUUUGUUCUAGUCAUCAAUCCAAACCAAGAGGAAAGUGCGUAUCCAUUACAGUCCGAACGGCGCACAGGUCUCUGUCGCCCGGAAACCCGCCAGACACAUGACAGUUUUGCUUGUUGAUGUUUGUCAACAUUCCUCCCCCUGGCCUUAAUCACAGGCCUUGGUGUUUUAUCUUUUAAGCACUUAAUACAGGUCUCCCUUUUGGUCAGUGGACAAUUUUCUUUCCUUUUUUUUUUCUUCUUUCUUUUCUUCCUUCCUUCUCUCAGUAACAUCUACUCACUGACUGUCUAUAUAACUGCACCAUCUGGUGGCAAACCACUUAAUAAAAGUAACAAAACUACAAAGAUACAAAGAGAAAGCGUUUUUUACAUUACGAGCAGGUAUGUAUGGGGUUUUUAUGUUCUGUGUUAUGCAUGUUAUGUAGAUUCGGAGCGCCAGUGAGGAAAUGUGAAGUCAUCCUGCUGAUCUCUAGCCAGCUGCUAAAAGGUGACGUCCACCUGCACAUCAGGUUUUCUUCUUUUUUUUUUUUUUUUCCCUCAGCUUUUGCUUUUCAUUCCUUAUAAAUCGUUUGUUUGCCGUUUCAAUAAAAAUUUAUUGGACAGCAAAAAGAAUUUUGUUUGCAGUCGAGAUGAAACGAACCAAUCCUGACUGUAACAAAAUCCUGAUCUCCAGGUGGAAAGACUUCAGUAAGCAGCUGGUUAGAGAGAGAUAUUCAGUAUAGGACUACUUGAAGCUGCAGUUGCACUGUACAACGAAGGACAUUCGGCCAUUUUAAAUGUCAGUAUUGCUGUUUGCUCUCCGAACGUCCGGCUUUGUCAAAUAUGACUCUAAAGGUUUUUUUUGUUUGUUUUUGUUUGUUUUUUUGUUUUUUUUAUUUUCAUUUUAAAGGGACACUGCAGCCUUAAAUCUCUGUAUGACUAUAGAGGAGGAUCCUCAUAAUGAUUCUCCAUAGUAACCAUAAAUAUUAAACGGCAUCAUUAACACCACUCCCCACCUUUUAACCUGAAUAUCCCCCACUUUUCCGUUCCCAACACGUGAAAUCACUCCAUCCUCUUAUAUAUUUGCUGCUACAGUACAUGUGGCUUCAUACCUGGACACUAAUCACACACCUUAUGAGAAUUAAAAGGAUACUGUAUACAGAAUUCGGUCCAUGGAAGCAGAGCUUAGUGCCUCGAAAAAGAAAAAAAAUAGCUUUUUCGCCAGGAAAUAAAACAUUUAGUGGCCCAUGUUCUGAUUUGCUGAUCGUUGUGUUUCUGCACAGAUGCGACGUAAGCAGCAAAAAAAAAAAAAAAAAAAAAAGUAAUAUUUGUUCGUUAACUCUUUACCCAGCUCGUGUCAGGACAUGGGAUUAACUGAGACGAGCGUCACGGUUUGCACGCUGCUGAUUUCUCAUUUCAUAACCCGUGAUGGAACAUCACAAAUACAACUUUGACGGUUCAAGUACAAAGUUAUACAGUUGAUUUGUUUCCAAAUUUCUAGCCACACGCAGGUCAAAGAGCAUCCUGUGUCUGGCCUUGUUCCUUGUUCAAUAAUGAUGCUAACAUUGUGGAAGUGUACACCUGUUUGAUUAUUUUUGACCAAAGUUAAAUAAAUUUUAAUUGUGUUUACCUGA